AUGAACAACGAAGUUCCAAGAACGCCCACUAAGUCAAAAGCACAAGUUGCAGGAGACGCAGAGUCCAGAAUACCAUCACCAAACGCUACAGAAUCUCCCAAGUAUCGCAAGAGAAGCUCAUCGCCAAAACAAUUGCCAGUUAGUGCUUCGGAGCAUCAAAGCAUUAUAUCCCACACGAAGAAGCCUAAAAAUGAUGUUCUUAAGGCAACUAAUGGUGAUAACAGUUAUAUGGCUCACUGUGGAGUCGAAGAACAAGGAUCUGAAAGCUCUUCGCAUAUGACAGCAUUCUAUAAAGAAAAUAUCCGAAUUUUGAACGACUUACAGGAUGUAAUGUUUCAAAAGAAAGCGAGACUGGAUACGCUCAAAGAUGAGCUGAUGGAAAACAAGAAUGAACUCAAAGCUGUAUUACUGAAAGUGGAAACUUACAAGGAGGAAAAACAUGUCAAAUCACAACAGCUCAAACUUAAAAUUAAUGAUGCAAAGAAGCUUCGCGAUGAACAUAAUACCAAAACUAAGUUCAUGGUGAAAAACCAUGAACUAGAGGGGCAACAACUACGAGCAAAGAGCGUUGCAGAAAUGAAUCGAAGAGAAAACGAAUACAGACAGAAAAUUGAAGUUCUCCGACAUUCCAGAAUCAAACAAUUACAGGAGAAGCGUGAAAAACUGCGAGAGGAAAUUUCCGGCCUAGAUUUCCAGGUGUCCAAUAACAAGUCCAUUCUUCAGGAUGCUCUCAAAGAAUGCGAGCAAAAGCACAAAUUAAGCAAGGAAGAGGCACUGCGGCUCCACCAAGCAGAACUCGAUGGUCUUAUCGAAAAUAGUAGAGAAUUGAGUGCAGAAAAUGAUUCUUUACGGACCGCCCUAGAUUCAAAACUCAAAGUUGCCUUCCGCGCAAAGAACGAAGAUUUUGAGCGCUUAAGUUUUAGCUUGCAAGAGCUGGAACAAAAGCUGAAGGCACUUCGCUCUGAAAACGCAAAAAUCAGAAAUGAUACAGAGACUUUUAGCCGUGGUUCGAUAGAAUCGUUAGCAAAACGAGAUGACUUGAAAAAGUACAUUUCUGCAUCCACAUCUGAGCUAGGAGAAAUCGAAGAAAUCUUGAUGAAAGAAGAGACCAUGAGGAGGAAGCUUAACAAUGAACUGCAGGAAUUGCGAGGCAACAUACGCGUAUUCUGCAGAUUGCGACCUAGAUCAAAUCAAGAGGCUAACCAAGUUUCAAACAUUCAGAUAGAUGAUUUCAAUGACGAUGGCGGUACACAGCAAAUGCACAUUCGACGAGACUCGAAGUCUCAUACUUUCACGUUCGACAAAAUAUUCGGAGAACGGGACUCUAACAAAGACGUUUUUGACGAAAUAGGGCAACUGAUACAAAGCUCUUUAGAUGGAUACAACGUGUGCAUUUUCGCUUUCGGCCAGACAGGCUCUGGUAAGACAUAUACAAUGCUCAACCCUAAAGACGGUAUUAUACCAUCCACCUUAAACCAUAUAUUUCUGUGGGUGGACAAACUGAAAAGUCUAGGGUGGUCUUACGAUAUUUCCGGACAAUUUAUUGAAAUCUACAACGAGAAUCUAAGAGACCUUUUGAAAGGUCAGGACGGAGAGUACGAGGAAACGAGUGAUAGCGCUAGACUGGAGAUUAGACAUGACGCCGAAUCUUCUACAACCCACCUCGUUAACGCGACCACUUGCAAGUUUGCAAGUCAAGAAAUGAUCAGUGAUGUUCUCUCACGAGCUUCGAAAAUGCGGUCGACCGCGGCAACGAAGGCUAAUUCAAGAUCUUCAAGAUCGCAUAGUGUUUUCAUUAUAAAACUCCGGGGAUAUAACUCCAAAUCCGGCGAGCACUCUGUGGGAACACUCAACUUGGUGGAUUUGGCGGGUUCAGAACGUAUAAACUCCUCUCAACCGGAAGCUGAACGACUGCGGGAAACUCAAAAUAUCAAUAAGUCAUUGAGUUGUCUUGGUGAUGUUGUACAUGCCCUGGGUGCCAAGGACGCUGUUAAACGGCACAUCCCUUUCCGGAAUUCCAAGUUGACCUACUUGUUACAGUACUCGCUGAUCGGAGAUUCUAAGACGCUAAUGUUCGUUAACGUUUCCCCUUCUCUGAAAAAUCUGCCAGAAACGUUAAACUCAUUGCGAUUCGCUGCCAAAGUGAAUUCUACCCAGAUGAUGAAGUGA